CAAUCGAUUUCAAUAGUUUAAACUUGUAAAAAAUUAAUAUGCAAAUAUAUACAGCUAGAAUUAAUUAAAAUGCAAGAUAUAGAGUAUCAAAUCUUAAUAGAAAAAUAGUAACACAUCACUACAUUCAUCUGGGGAUUAUGCAUUUAACUUAUUUUAGUUAAUAAAUUUAUUUAUAUCCAUAUAAAAUGGAUCAUUUUAAACUCAAAAUAGAACUGAAUAAAUGUUUGAGAAUAAGACACUUAAUCUCCAUAUUACCAUUUGUAUAAUAAUAGUGACAUUUAAUUAAAGCAAGAUAUGAUAGUUUGAUAUACAUUAAUGUAAUUAGUAUUUCUAGCAAGUUAAUUUGAUCCUCUAGUAGAACACCCCAUUAACUAUGAGUUGGUUGCUUGAAUUUGUGAAUUUGUAACGCCAUGCAAUCAUUAACUUACCAUAUUUGAAUGAUUUUGUAUUUAUAACAUUGUCUAUUUAAAAGAUUUAUCCACUUCAAUAAUCUUUCAUCAAGUUAAUUUUCAAGAACAUUAGUAUAGAGAGGAAAAUGAAUGUCUUUGCGAUGAAAAAAUCAUGUUCUUUUGAGGCUUCUAGCAUGUCGGCAACCUCAGAAGAAUCUCAUGAAAUUGUCACAAAAACGAAAAAGAUGAAAGAAAAAGUUGUGGAAGGCUCACAGUUGAAGCAACAUGAAUCAUCAUCUGGUGGUGUACUUCUUGAUCUUAAAGUCCACAACAACAACAACAACAACAUGAAUACUAAUUGUUCGAAUCUUGAACUCAAACUUUUCAAUUCAACUCCAGCUCGUGCUAGUGAGUCUUCCAACGAAGCAACACCCAAGCAGAGGUGUUCUUCGGAUGCUAGGACUUUCUCUUGUAGCUUUUGCAAGAGAGAAUUCUCCACCUCCCAAGCCUUAGGAGGACACCAGAACGCUCACAAACAAGAGCGGGCUUUGGCUAAAAGACGAAAUGGACUUGUUGAUGUUGUUUCGUCUUUUGGCCCUCCUAAUUAUCACCCCUACUAUAAUCCCUACUCGAGUUUCAACUCACACAUACCAUUUCAUACUUCUUUUCCAACUCGAUCAUCUCUUGGUCUUCAAGGAGAUUCUUCCAUGAUUCAUAAGCCUACCUCCUAUCCGACAUGGCCAUACUUUUCGGCCUACAAUUUUCGAUUAAACCCUGAGAAAUGGUCAUCAUCAUCAUCAAGCUCAUCAUUCUUUAGAACUGAAAAUGUUCUAGGAAAUAAUAUUCUUGGUACUUCUUUGGAGAAUUCUCAUUUUGAGAAGAAAAAUAAUACAAAGGGUUUCAGUUUAAUGAAUUCACCAAUCAAUCUUGACGAUAGUCUUAAUGGAAAUAAUAAUACAAAGCUUGGAUUGGGAAAGGAGGAAGCAAAAAAGAAUAAUGAAGAAGAAGAAGAAGAAUCAAAGCUUGAUUUGAAUCUUAGGCUUUAAUUUAAUUUGUUUUGCUAUUUUAUAGAGGUUUAAUUUUUAUUUGCUUUUAUUUAAAGGUGUAGUAUUACAUUCCUAUUUUCUUGUGAUUUGAUUUGAACCCGUAAAUCAUUCUCUUUAUCUUUUAAACCCUUUUUGGAAAAUUUGAAGUUUCAUGUUACACUAAAGAGAUGUGUCGUUCAAUUUGUGUGAAGUCAAAAAUCUUUAAAUUCAGACUCAUGACUAUUAAAAACAUUCCUAGACAUAAUUCUAAAAGGAAAGAUAAGAUUUUGGACAGAAUAGUGAGUUAUGAUGACUUAGGACUGUGAUAUAGCUAUUAUUUUCAAUUUUUCAUAUUGAAUCCUUUUUGUUAGAAAAUUAUAUUGCACUCGUUUAUAUAAUAGAUGUUGAUUAAUCCUCUUUGCUUUUACAUGCAUUUACUUUUUUAUAUUUUGAACCUCUUUAAUGAAACUUCUGAUGCCGCUACUAUUCUUCCCCUUUGAAAUUCUCACUGUGUGCACAUAUAUUUGAAAUCCCCAACAAUUUGAACCGUUAUCUAAUGAAAUUUUGUUUCAUGCAUGGUAUACUACGCUUUAAACCAAUUCAUUCCUUUAAACUAACACUUUGUAUAUUCAUACAAAGAAAUUUAUGUCCAAGGAUAGAUUUGAUGGAUAAAUUGGGAUCAAGUUGGUUGAGUAUAUAUAGUAGCUUAAAGGGCCUGCGGCCACGUGUUGCUAGCUCAUUGCGUGGAUCGUUUGAUUAUUAAUGGAAUAGAUUGGGAUAUCUCAUGAGAUUAGCUAUCCUACGGCCUACCUUUUUAUGAAAUGGAUAAUUUUUUGAAUUAGUUAAUACUCAUAAACAAACGUGAGAUAAAAUCAUCCCAUAGAAUAUUUCAAAUAUUUUUUUAUCAACUUAUCGACCAAUCAAACAACCCCUAACUUCAUAUUACAAGGAGAGAUCUAAGUCACAUUGUGUAAAUACACCCCACUGUACAAGGUAACAAUUCCUCACUUUUGAUUCAAAGUUUUU